AUGUCUAUUGCAGCCCUGCCCGUAGAAUUGCUCUCAAAGAUAUGUGUCCAUCUGAAUUUCCAGGAAUGGGUCGCUCUGAGGUUGUCAUGCCGCGCAUUGCACAAAAGCUCACAGGAAUAUUUUGCGAAAACCUUUUACCGAAAAAUCUGUUAUAUUGCGACAAGCGAAAGUCUCCACGAACUGGAAGCAUUAUCCAAUUCAAAUGAUCUCCGCGAGCACGUUCAAGAGCUAUGGAUGAUCCCUGUUGUGUUCGAUGGCGCUGAAGGGCCCCUCGGCAUGGUAUCUAUAUCGUCAAAGAGCUGCCGCCAGGUCAAAGGCCACGAGCUGGAAAGUCGGCGUGCUGUCCAAAGAGACAUGAUUGCGGAUAAUCGCAACCUACUGGAAUCAGAAGCGUUCAGUCUUCGACUUCGGGAAUGUAUGGAUCGAUUCAAGAACAUCCAAACAAUCGGACUUGCAUAUUACAGAACAGAAUUUUUGCUUGAUCCCCGGCAGCAGACAGUUCCAUUCCUCGGAAGGCGGCAGAUGAUGAGCCGGAUCGAUUUUCGAUUCGAUGUUUACAGUUUACGAGAGUCUAUGCGUACCAAUAAGGCUGGCAAAAUACGCAAACUGAAGUCCUUGGCAUUAUCAAAGCUUUUUCUUGCGUUGCGUGGCUCAAGCUGCAGACCUCGAAAGCUGUCCACCUGCAAUUCUCAAUCCUGUUGUGAUGUCGGCCCCAGGAUUGCCCUCUCCGAAGAGCAAUUUGAUUCUCUACUGUCUACUUUAGAAGACCUCGAGGAUCUUCAUUUAUGCAUUGAUCUCAAUGAGGCGACUUGGCUAAAAAUGUUCAGGAAGCUUGCACCUCAACUGGAUGUACUAACCUUGUCGCAAGAUCAUAUGCCUUUUUAUCUUCAUGAAAUUAGCUUCACUCGACUCCGAAAGCUUCAUAUAAACAAUCUUGAAAUCAGUUUCAGCUCUUUGAGGUCACUUCUGCUCAGCGUUAAGAACAGCCUUGUCACUCUUACAGUCAAACGGCUUAUAAUGGACAGUGAGGAGUUAGAAGCUACAGAAAACCCAUCGCCAUCUCACCAACCAACAUUGGCCUCAUAUGAACCUACAGUGCCAUCAUAUCAACCAACCUUGGAACCAUAUGGACCUACAUCCCCAUCAUUUCAACCUACAUCUCCAUCAUUUCAACCUACAUCUCCAUCAUUUCAACCAACACCGCCAUCAUAUCAACCAACACCGCCAUUUUCAACACCGUCACCGUAUACAUCGAUUAUAUGCCGGCACGAAUAUGGACCAGCACCCCUACCAGCCCUACCAGCAUCAGAAACAGCAUGGACAGAGAGUGCACCCCAAUCACCACAGCAUUCCUCGACGUCCGAUUCCUCAGAGGCAUCGACAGAAGGAUAUUGGAGCAGAAAAUGGAUGUCUACAUAUCACCCAUAUGAGCCAUCUGGAUUCGCUUGUUGUGUCUGUCCCACCCGGGAAAUCGUAAUGGCAUGGCAACGCAAUGAACAAAAGAUCACUUGCAUGCCUAGCUUUUUGGACAUUUUACGGAACGAGUUAUCUCUAGAAACACUCUCCCUUGAAGAUAUUAUCUCGGACGGGAAUUAUUAUUAUUUCGAAAGAGUCGACACUGCAAACAAACAAAGGGAAAAAGUGGAGUUUGACAUUCGCAAAGCCAAUAUGUCGUUGAAGGAUUGGAUUUCCCGGUUAAGGCCAAUUGCUCGCUGUCCUCCCGGUUCCAUUAUCGAGCGCAAGGAAGACAAAGGUUAG